CGACCACCGACUGCCUCCCUGUAGUCGCUCUCUUAGCCACCGUCCAGCAUUCGUCGCGUCCUUCUCACUGGUUGGUGUCGUUGAUUCAGAGCAUACUUAGGACGAAAGUAGAAGCCAGAAGAAGACCGACAUGUCCGCACCAGAUAUCACUGACCUCCUCCCACCAUCCCUCAACCUUCCGCCGCACUUGAGCGCGCACAAGUAUUUCUUCGUCUGCACGCUCACCGUCGCAGCAUGGGACACUCUUGUCCUAUCUCCGCGCUCAUGGCGUCUCAUGAAGACCAAAGAAUGGCCAGUCCUUAAGAUCAUUUUUCACUUCUUGCGUCUCUUCAUGCCUGCGGAGUUCAUUAUAGUGGCGGUUGCGUUCUUUGAUACACAUUUCACACAGUCGCAAUGCUCCCACUUCUUCCUCUUCGAGCCUAUCUGCACUGCUAUUCUCGUCUCGGCCUGCUCUAUCAUCCAUGUCAUCCGCAUCCACGCCAUCUACGACAAGAACCGCACUGUCCUCAUGGGCAUGACCGCGCUCUUCGCUCUCCAGGUUGUCUGCAUGGCUAUCACCUGCGGAUUCUACCGAUCCGUUCCCUUGCUGGAGGGCCAGGGCUGCAUUGCAGGACCUAAGAGCAACUGGGUCGGAAUCUACUGGUUAGCUCCGACGCUUUUGUUCACCGCCUCUUUCUUGCUUGCGAUCAAACGCUCGCUUGCAACUCUCGAGGCGAAACCUCUGUCCUACUGGAAGCUGAUGCUCCGUGAUGGUCUCAACCUCUACGGUGCGAUCUGGAUUGUCAACAUGACCAACAUGCUCUUUUGGUUCAUCGCUAAGCCGAACGACGGCAGCGACACCAUCAAGACUAUCGUGACUUCUAUGGCUGCUGUUCUUACGACAACCAUGACUCUUCGUAUCAUCCUCUCUGUCCGCGGUUCGCUCAAGUCUGGCGGCUCGUUCUCCGGCUCUUCGGCGGCUGCUGCAAGCUCAGGAGGCUCGCGCGGCGUUGGAACGACGCAUGUCAUUAGCACUCGCGGUGCAGGUGCACCUGGUGUGCUUAACAUCAACAGCACGAUUGGUGGCGUUGGCACUGGUGUCGGUCAGACCUACACGAUUGGCGAGAUGCCCGCUGACAAGAGCCGCCACGACUGGGACGCUGACGGGAAGAGCAGCGUCAACGAGGGCAAGGAAGCUGGACUUGUUCCCAGCGACGACAAUGUCAACAUUGUUGACACGCGCAGCGACCACGGCGCUGGCAACUAUGGUGUCAAGAUCACCAUUGACAGGCAGGUUGAUUGAACGCUCCACUUGUCGCAUCUCCAUUUGAUCUACUACCGGACGUCUCUCAUACCUGUUUUACCACCCGAUCUGUUUCUUGCUUGUGUUGUUCCGAUGACAAUCCUCAGCAGAAAAGAGGACGAGAAGAAGCAUUUGUGUCAUUCCAUCGGGCUUCGAAUCGCUUGUGUAUCUCAUAUCAUUCAUCUAACUUUUCGUUCUAUCUAUUGGAGAGUUUUUACGUGUGUUGGAUCUGUACUUAAAACUUCGUAUUGUUGCUGUUAUUGUCUCCCUGGCCCCCUGUAUAGUCGAGAUAUCUUGUCGUCGAUACGAUAUGAUACUUAUUUUCAUGCCUCUAUAAUAUGAAUCUUGC